AUGCUCACUCUCCUCAAUCUCUUGAUUGACCUCAUCACCCUCUUCUUCACUUGGGAGUCAUCAUUCUCCUCUGUGGGUGUUCACUCCAAUUUCAAACUCUCCUCUUCGCUCUCACUGCUGAGAGGAUCAUUCCUUCUUUUGGUUCUCCUCUUCCCUCACCUCUCAAUCUCUUCCUCAUCCUCCUUGGUUAGUUCUGAGUAUCCUCCUUGCUCCUCUUGUUAUCUCCUUCUUUGUGAAUGCUGCUUGCUUCCUUCACCUCUCAACAUCUUAACGUUGCUUCUUGAAGUUGGGUUCCUGAAAUGCAUCAAAAACAAAGAAUUAGAGUUGUAA